UACCCGUGCUCGUACCUGUCAUGGAUUCCAAGGAUCGACCGCGAGCGCAGGCACGCGUGAUCACACGAUUUUAUGCGUGAAAAUCAACGAUACAUUAAGAGAUUCGUGUAUAUAAGUAAUGCACGAUUAUGAGUCGGUGGUAAAGUGGUGAUUUUUCACUGAUCCAAGUGUUGGCGCCGCGUAAACAAUCGUCUCAAGAUGAACCCUCUCGACACGGGUUACGGGCCUUCUGUCACACGAAGCACAGAUAUUGAGGAGCAGGUGGCAGCAAUCGCGCUGGAGCUUUAAGAACCGAGGGGUGGAGGCUGGAGAACGCAUUUCCCGUCGGAUACUUGGAUCAGCCGAAGAAGGAGGAUCGUUUUCGAGGAAGCUUUCGUGCAACCUGUGCACGUUCUCCUUCUUCGUCAGUAACAGCAAGAAAGACUUAAAAGAGGACGGCGAGGAUGAGGCAAGUAGUGGUGUUGGAGCCGGCUGGCAGCGUUCUGGUGAUCAGACAGACUUCCCUCGGUAGUAACGUCGCUACCAGUAACACCAAUUCCAAUGCUGGAUCCAAUAACGCUCACGAGACCCAUGGGCUCGCCAAUCACGGUGCCGUGUCCACGAUUGCCUCCAAUGAUCACAAUCAGAAUCGUAUCGUCGUCGUGCGCUCAUCCUCCUCGACCUGCAUGACCACCACGGCUGACAAUCAUUCGUCCGCGAACGGUAACAAUGUCAACGUAAACGGCAACCUAAACGGAAACACCGGGGCAAUUGGUAGCAAAGCGACAACGAAGGUCGUGGUCGGUAACGGAGCUUCCAAGUCGAACGAGAGAAACGAUCACCUUAGAAACGAUCACAAGAGCCAAGAAGGGAUCGGUACCGGUGAAUCGAACUCUGGAUGUCGUCCAAGGACGAGCAAGGAAGCUGCUCACGAGAACGUCUCCUUAGACAGGAAGCUCGAUGGCGCGGAUCCCAUCUCCGACGGAGAUCCGAUAAAACUUCCGGAGAAUUUGGAGACCUUGCCACGAGCUGAACAUUUUCCAACCCAGAGGCACCGAUGGAACACCAACGAGGAAAUUGCUGCCAUCCUGAUCAGUUUCCAAAGACACGCGGAAUGGCAAAGUCGGGAGGUAAAGGUACGACCUCGAAGUGGUUCGAUGUUACUCUACUCGAGAAAGAAAGUUCGUUACCGGCGGGACGGUUAUUGCUGGAAGAAACGGAAAGAUGGCAAAACUACACGAGAGGAUCACAUGAAACUGAAGGUCCAGGGAGUCGAGUGCAUCUACGGCUGUUACGUGCACUCGGCGAUCCUCCCGACGUUUCAUCGGCGAUGUUAUUGGCUACUACAGAAUCCAGACGUCGUCCUCGUUCACUACUUAAACGUUCCUUAUCCGGACGGUGAUGCAAAGCUAGCGGCGCUGCCACCGUGUCUCGCACUGCCGCCAGACAAGAAGGAGUGGACGCGAGACGAGCUGGCUUCCCAGCUUAGACCCAUGUUCCUUGGUGGAGAUGACGAUCCUAACAAUCCUCAUCUUACACAACACGCGAAUCAUCCCGUUGACAUGAUAGUUUCUCAACUCUUGGACAGACAGAGAGCAUCUUCCACUUCUUCUACCACCAGUACUCAGCUUGCACCUAGGAGACUAACACCGGACAAUCAGGUUUCUUCGACUACCGGAGGUCAGCAAUCGUCAACAACAGCCUCACCGGCACCCCGCGUAUACUCAAGACAUUCCCACACGACUCAAAGCCAACAGCCGGCUCCUCUAGUUUUAAGUUUGCAACAAAUUCAAGGUGGUGGCGGUCUUCUGAUACUUAACAGCCAACCGUAUCAUCAUCAACAACAGCAGCAGCAGCAGCAACAGCAGCAGCAGCAACAACAACAGCAGCAACAGCAGCAGCAACAACAGCAGCAGCAGCAGCAACAACAGCAGCAGCAGCAACAACAGCAACAGCAGCAGCAGCAGCAGCAAAGUCAACAAGUGGAAAUGCAACAGGUUACGGAGCAACAAAUUGUGCAACAGACAAGCGUGGAUAGAGAACAACAGACCCAGCAGGAAAUAGACGCCCAAGAAAGUAUGGAUCGUUCUACGGUACAAUCGCUGCCAAUCGGUGGCGCUGGUCCCGAGGUCACCGAUUUCGCCGAGACCUUGGACCUAAGUCAAGAGGACAUUCAGCGAACGUUAUCCGCGAAUAUGGUACCACCAUCUCCGUCGCCUUCUCCGGCAGAUAACAGUAUGAUCAAUCCAAUGGAUUUCAUCGAUUCGUCGGACGACGUUUUGGUGAAUUUGGACGCGUUUGACGUGUUCGGCGAUUUGCCAGAGCUUCACGAUUUUGAGGCUGAACAGGUUAAGGCUGAAGACAGAGGUGGAUCCGAUAGCGACGUGGGAUGUCAUCCUGGAACAACCGUCCAUAUUGCGGAGUAUAGUCCAGAGUGGAGUUACACCGAAGGUGGUGUGAAGGUAUUGGUCGCUGGUCCUUGGACCGGUGGAAGUAAUUCUCAAUCUUAUUCGGUGUUAUUCGAUGCCGAACCGGUCGAAGCGUGUUUGGUACAACCAGGAGUGUUGCGGUGUCGUUGCCCAGCUCAUGCUCCGGGAAUAGCGUCCCUUCAGGUCGCGUGUGACGGUUUCGUUGUUUCCGAUAGCGUUGCUUUCGAAUAUCGUCGGGCACCAACAACCGAGCCAAGUCCGGAACGAGCUCUUUUGGAUCGUUUGGCGGACGUAGAGUCUCGUUUGCAAGGACCUGGUCCUCCAUCUCCUGCAGCUCAUCUGGAAGAGCGAUUAGUGGCAUACUGUCAAGAUGCUGUUGUCCGUCCGUGGCGAGCCGGAGCGGAACCAUUACAGUCCGGCGGCCCUACUCUCUUACAUUUGGCCGCCGGAUUGGGCUACUCCAGGUUAGCCUGCGCUCUUCUCCAUUGGAGAGCGGAAAAUCCUAGUAGCGUGUUAGAUGCCGAAGUUGAUGCCCUGAGGCAGGAUAGCGCCGGUCUUACGCCACUUGCUUGGGCUUGUGCAGCGGGACACGCGGAUACUGCCAGGAUCCUCUACAGAUGGAACGCAAUGGCGCUUCGCGUGAGGGAUUGUCAGAACAGAACAGCGACCGAGUUAGCGGCAGAGAACGGUCACACGGCGAUCGCAGAAGAAUUGAAUCGACUCGAAGCGAGAAGACAAGAUGAGAGGCUUUUCUUGCGACCCGCCAGCCCUAGUCCUAGGAGGCCAUCUCAAGACAGCGGUCUCGAUCUGGCGUUGUGUGGCUCGCCGCUGCUGGACAACAUGGAAUUGUUGCAAGAGGAUGACUCGUCAUUAGCCCUCAGCGAGCAGGGAAUGGAAAGCGCUCCGACCCCUCAGGAGACUGUAGGGGAAGAAGACGCGAGGGUGCUGACAUUGGCUGAGCAAAUUAUAGCAGCGCUACCGGAAAGGAUCAAGAGAGCGGAAGGUGAUUCUCCGUCUUCUUCCUCGCCACCUCCACCGGCACCGCCCUUGUCAUCUCUGGAAGAUGCCCUGAUGGAACAAAUGCCGCUCGAUUCUGGAGAACUGUUCGACUCGUAUCGUGACUGCAAUGGAGGAGCGGCAUCAGUCUCGGAUGCUGACGCAGAUGCUAGUCCUUCGAGUCCAUCCAGCAGUUGCCUCACGCCGGACUCGCCAUCUCCACCGCCUACGACAGCCGACUUCUGCGAAUUCUUACAGCUGCAGUUGCAACUUGACGGCAAUAACGGUCAUAAUGGCCAGUACUAUUCGACCGGCGGGGAUCGGAAGUUCGGUAACGUGAUGAGCUCUGGAAUUUGCAGUACUGUGACAGGUGGAGGUAACGGAAACGGUGACGGGAACGAAGCUGAUUUGAGUAGGCUCACUCUGUCCGAUCGGGAACAAAGAGAGCUUUAUCACGCUGCUAGAAUGAUCCAGAAAGCCUACAGAAAUUACAAGGGACGUCAGAGGCAGGAGGAAGCUGAGAGACACGCUGCUGUACUCAUCCAACAAUAUUAUCGUCGACAUAAACAGUACGCUUAUUUUAGACAAGCUACGAAGGCUGCUCUGGUGAUACAAAGUAACUACAGGAAUUAUCGUUCGCGUCCAGGCUCGGCUAGCUCCAGACAACAGGCGGUUCAUCAGCAGGCUGCUCAUCAGGCUGCGCGAAAAAUCCAACAGUUCAUGCGACAGUCGAAAAUCAACUUGUCGUGGGACGAUUCACGACCGGCUGCAGAACGCCAGGGCCGCCGCAAACGGGAACGGGAGACCGCCAGCGGGCAUUUUACGGGCGGUUGCUGCCCCCCAAAGCUCGCCCUCAUCUAGCCCAGGGGCCAGCCUAGUAGCCGCCAACCCAGAGGUCACUUAAUCGACUGUCGAUCGAACAACACACAGAACGGUGAUGAUACGUCGGAAGCAAAGUAACAGAGCCUAUCCAUCCAACAAUGAUCGUCACGGGGUACGCCACGAUACGAUAUGGUCGAGGUUCGCGAAGGUUCCAGGAAUUUUAUCCAAGAAGCCAUUGACGAUCAACCGACACGGACACGCUUUGCUCUCUAUAUCCUUGAUUAUUCAUGUACCUGCCUUUUCAUCUAAAAAUUUUUCCACCUUUCGCAUCUUUGACCUACAGUUCAGCCGAAGGAUCGUGCCACAUCCUCACCUAUCUUUACGUUCCGCUUCAGUUUAUUCGACGCUGACGUUUAUAUCCAUUUCCUGCAUUUGUUUCCUUGGUCGACGUGACGCUAAGUGGUAUCAGAGGUAGGUGGUCUAUCAUGGUCUCUCUAAAUACGCGUACACACCUGUUGUACGCGUGCAAAGCGAUCCAAGCAUAAUAGAUGAUGCAUUAAUUAUUUAAGAUCGUAUUAAGGAUCGAAUCGAUCGAAGCAUGUUUGUAGAAUUGCAAUGUUGCCUUCCGCUUGAGGCAUCGAUUUAUCGACUACUUUUUACGACUGAGAGUACAAAAGAGGCUAUGUUUUGCUGAAACCUUUUUAAGAACGACUUAUAUUUGCAUUGAUUUUUUGGCACACUGUAUAGAUAGUUUUUACCUUCCCUCAUUUUCUCAUCCUUGCAAGUCUGGCACAGAACUUGAA